UGCGCCACGACGGGAACUCCCAGAUUUAUUUUUAAAAGGGACUUUAUAUCCCCAUUGUAAAUGUGAGACCAGUAUAAUUCAAAGUAAAUAGAAAUUCAUAGUAAAAUAUCACUAGGUUCUGGCUCGACACUACUGCCUAUUGAAGGCUCCCACCUGAGCAGGAUCAGAAGGCAGCGUGGAAGAGGCGCUCUGACCAGACGGAAGUUCACCAACUUGGUUGUUACAGGCUCGAGAGGAAAUGAUGGGCCACAGAAACCACUCCAACCUGCCAGAUAAACCGCCUGUCUGCGCUGAUUCUGCCCACUUGCCACUGCCCAGGUCCUUCUAUCUGGACCCCGCGGUCACGGUCCACCUGUACCCCGAGGGCCCCGUGCCAGCCCCUUACUCUCAAGACCUGCCACUGCUGCCUUUCUCCAGUGACUCCCUGAUCGUGGAAAACCGUGGUGAACCCCGCACCUUCUCACUGCCUCAUCCAAACUACAGGAGGUGCGACGAUGCCUACGGGCCGGCCUUUAUCCGGAAGAGGAAUGAGCGAGAAAGGCAGCGGGUGAAGGGCGUCAAUGACGGCUACGCGCAGCUCCGCCACCACCUGCCGGAGCAGUACCUGGACAAGCGACUCAGCAAAGUGGAAACCCUCAGAGCCGCCAUCAAGUACAUUAAUUACCUGCAGGCCCUUCUGGAUCCCGAGGAGGCUGAGACCAAGAAUCACCCCAGGAAACGUCCCUCGGGAACGGCAGCCACCAGCUGCCACCCUGACCCCAUUUUUACAGUCAUCUGAUUCUGUUUCCAAACAGACCCAAAUAAUUUCACACAACGUGGUCCUGACGUCAUUCAAUAGUUCUCCUCAUGCAAAUGCUGUGUGGGCAGAUCAGAGUUCAAAUGCUAACCUAUGCUGGAUAUUCCCCCCCCCCCC